GAUAUCUACUUGAAAGUGACUUAAUGUUGUUUGUUUGUUGGCAAUAAAAUUACCAAGACGCCAUGGGUGGUCUGAACAGUUGCUGCAUUCCCCGCCAUCUGAACAGUGACAUGGACAUGAGUACUAGCACAAGCACCCCAAAGAAGAAAGGCCACCAUCGAAAUCUUAGUGCUGCUUUUAACUUGUCUGUCAUUGAUGAUUCAAACAAACAUGAGAAAAAUUUGGUGAAUAUUAACACGGCAACAGAGGAAGAGCUUAUGACUCUACCAGGCAUUAACAGGUCAAUAGCAAAAAAUGUAAUAGACUAUAGGAAUCACAUUGGAGGGUUCAGAUGUGUUGAAGAUGUAGCACUGGCGUCUGGUGUUGGUGCAGCCAAGCUGAAAAUGAUACAGGAUGACAUCUAUGUUGUUCCGCUAGCAUUUGCUCAAAAUGAUACCAGCAGAGAACAACUGGAUGAACCUGCUCAAUUAAAUAAUAGCUCUUGUAAUUCAGAUUUGAUUGUGAGUGUCAAUUCAGACAAUGUCUUUACCUUGAUGAAGGUCAAGGGAAUAGGGAUGACCAUGGCAAAAAGCAUAGUUGCUUAUCGAGAAAAACAUGGGAAAUUUAAGUCGCUGGAUGAACUUUUGAAAGUAAAAGAUAUAGGACCUGUGAAUUUAGAAAGUAUCCAACGUUAUUUAACUGUCAAAGACACCCCUAAACAAACUGCAGCCCCAGACAACAUCCAACAUCAAAGUAAUGCUAAUGGCAAAGUUCCAGAAAGAACAAUGAAUAAUGGUAAUGCUAAACAAGACUACAUAAUGAGAUCAACAGCUUCAUUGGAAAAUUUGUUGGAGAUACUGGGUCCACUUGCCAAAGUACCAGAGAGGCCAAAAGUAGGAAAGAUCACUUUAAAGUAUAACAACAGGAAGGUUGUCAGGUUGGCAUCGUGGAAUUUAGAGAAGUUUUCAUUAGAGAAGGCUGGCAACCCAGGUGUGAAAGAUGUAAUAUGCAUGACAAUUUUAGAGAAUGGGUGAGUCAUUGCUUCAUAAUAUUUAAAAAACAUUUCUUAAUUUUAAAUUAAUUGGACUACUAAAGACCAUUGAUUUAAUUGCUUGAAGUGUCUGAGAAAAUUAAUAUAGUUAUUAAAAUAAGUAAUAUUAUCCCACCAGUUACAGUCUCAGUAUAAGCCCCCUUUAUUUUUACAACUUAAACAUAUUUAGAAAGCAGAGAUGUUAAAUAGCAUAAACUUACACAUGAUAAUGGAAUAAAUCAUACAUUUCUAAUAUACUUGUAAAGCACACUGCCAAAGUUUCUCCUUUUUUUCUGUUGUGUCUGAAUUUAAAAAAAAAAAAAUCUUAUUUUGAAAAUUGAAUAUCCACCAAUGCCUAUUAAUGAAUGAACCCUCCUCAAAUUUCUCCAUGAGCUCCAAGUAAGGAAUGAUGACCAGGAGUCUGUGGAGUAACAUUCCUUUUAAUUUACAAAAAAAUUAUUACCAUAAUUAAAUUUUUCUUUUGUCUGUUGUGUCCAGUGUUGAGGUAGACUAGGUCUGACAUGUUUUAUAUCACAAUAAUUUUGGAGUACAGGAACACAUUGCAUUCUGUUUCUUUAUUUUCAUUAUUUUAAAUAGUUUUGGAGUGGUGGCCAUCCAGGAGCUUGGUGACAAAAAGGCUUUGAGUGAAGUAAGUAGAUGUUAUUAUUCUAAGUGACUGGUAGUUACAACAAUAGGAUAAUGUCAUUUAUACAAAAAUUUGUUAUAAUAAAAAGAAAGAAUCAUUAAAAAAAAAUAAAUAAAUAAAAAUGUCACUUAGUUGAUUAGUUUACAGCACCUGAAUUUAAAAAAAAUGUAAUGUUCAUGUCUCUGUUGGAAGGAAGUUUAGUGAUAAUUUGGUACUGUAGGAUGCUAACAAAUCUGUUUCCACAUAUAAAAACAGCUGGAGUACAAAGAAAAAAAAAUCUUUCUGUACAAAGAAAAAUAUCCUUUCUUGUUCUCUCCCUAUAUCAGAUUUGCCAAGAGCUUAAUUCACCAACUUUCUUGUUCUCCCCCUAUAUCAGAUUUGCCAAGAGCUUAAUUCACCAACUUUCUUGUUCUCUCCCUAUAUCAGAUUUGCCAAGAGCUUAAUUCACCAACUUUCUUGUUCUCUCCCUAUAUCAGAUUUGCCAAGAGCUUAAUUCACCAACUUUCUUGUUCUCUCCCUAUAUCAGAUUUGCCAAGAGCUUAAUUCACCAAAUUUCUUGUUCUCCCCCUAUAUCAGAUUUGCCAAGAGCUUAAUUCACCAACUUUCUUGUUCUCCCCCUAUAUCAGAUUUGCCAAGAGCUUAAUUCACCAACUUUCUUGUUCUCUCCCUAUAUCAGAUUUGCCAAGAGCUUAAUUCACCAACUCUUCCCAAUGUAAAAAGAUGGAAUGGGAAAAGAGGACAGUGGACUUAUGCAGUUUCAGAGCCGACUGGCAGAAUGUACCAGGUGCAUUGAAUGUAUCUGUUAAGAAUAGAUUUUACCACCUGAUGAAUCUACCAGUUGUCUGGUCUUAGAGAAAAUGAUGUACAUUUCUUUACCAUUUUUUAAAACUAUGAUUUCUAUCAUAAAUGUUUCUAAUAAUUAUGGUGGAUAACCCAGAAAUUUUGAUAACUUUUAAGUAUUGUAUACUAAAUAAAGGUGUAGACAGAUCUGUAGAGUAACAACCGGAGCUUUUAUUUGAUAUAUUUUAUUUAAAAUCUUGCAUAAACACUUUAAAAAAAAUGUAUACAAAGGUGCAUGUUACAACCCUAGUGCAACAUAAUUAUGAAUUUAUUGCCAAUUAUUUUGUAUCUUUGUCAUAUAAGAGCAUGGAGUACAAUGGUUUCCUGUAUGAUAAAUCCCAAGGGAUUGAGCUA